AUGAAACGGUCUCGAUGGGGGGGGUCAGUACAUACUGAAUACAUUUUUUUUGUCCCCCUUGUUUCUUCAUCUGCCUUGCUGUUGGCCGCGUCCCCAAAGUUGGCGGAGCAGGAGGCGGUGGUGAUCCUGGAGAAGACCCCCAUCCGGAAGGACGCCCUGGAGGAGCUCUUCCGGAGCUCCCGUCUGGAGCUGGAGAUGAGGAACGACAUCUACAGCACCUAUUACCUGCGGCCGCCCGCCCAUCUCAGUGGCUUGGACUGUUACGCCCUGGUAUAUCUAUCCUGCAUUCCUUCUCUGUUUUGGACGAAAGGGCCUCUGGAUCACUUUGGGUGUUUUCUAAGGACUUUCUGGGCUCUGUUGUGGUGGUUCAAGGUUGGAUUUUCACAGUGUCCUUUGGCAGAGCUACAUGCUUUAUUGCUGUGUACAACCGACACAUGGAACAGAGCUUUACCACAACAUUUGAUUGUGUUGCAGUGGGUUUACAAUAUUUUGGAAAAGAAGGCGGAAGCUGACAGGAUCGUUUAUGAGGAUCCAGAUCCGGACGUUGGCUUUGUCCUGCUCCCGGAUUUUAAGUGGGACCAGAAGCAACUGGAUGACUUGUACCUGAUAGCUAUCGUGCACCGACGGGACAUCAGGAGCCUGCGAGACCUCACUGCGGCGCACCUGCCUCUGCUACUGAACAUCCAGCAGCGCGGACAGGCCGCCAUCUUGAAGAGCUAUGGGAUUGCUGGGAACAAGCUGCGUGUUUAUUUGCACUAUGUGCCCACUUACUACCACCUCCACGUUCACUUCACCGCCCUGGGCUAUGAGGCGCCGGGCUGUGGGGUGGAACGGGCCCAUCUCCUCUCUGAUGUGAUCCAGAACCUACGGGCGGACUCCCAGUACUACGUCUCUCGCGCCCUGGCCUUCGCCUUGCGCGCAGACGACCCCCUGCUGCAGAGGUUCAGAGACGCGGGGAGACUUUAACGGAAGGAGUUUUUAACGUGCAGCGCAACUUGUCACGUUUGCCGUACUGCACUUUUGACAUUUGAUGUUUUGAUAUCUAUUUUUUUUUUUUUAAUAAAACUGGUUUGAACACUG